AUGGCCUCCUCCAACCUCCCUGCUGCUCUCAGCGCCACGAGCAAUGACAUUGAGCUCCUCCUUGCCUCGCAGGCCCACCUGGGCAGCAAGAACCUCCAGGUUCACAUGGAGCCUUACCUCUGGAAGACCCGUGCCGACGGUGUCAAUGUGAUUAACAUUGGCAAGACCUGGGAGAAGAUUGUCCUGGCCGCCCGCAUCAUCGUCGCCAUCGAGAACCCCGCCGACGUCUGCGUCAUCUCUGCCCGUCCCUACGGUCAGCGCGCGGCCCUCAAGUUCGCCUCGCACACCGGCGCCUCCCCCAUCGCCGGUCGCUUCACCCCCGGUAGCUUCACCAACUACAUCACCCGUUCGUUCAAGGAGCCCCGCCUUAUCGUCGUGACGGACCCCCGCACCGACGCCCAGGCCAUCAAGGAGGCCAGCUACGUCAACAUCCCCGUCAUCGCCCUCUGCGACACUGACUCUCCCACCGAGUACGUCGACGUCGCCAUCCCCACCAACAACAAGGGUCGCAACGCCAUCGGUACCAUCUGGUGGCUCCUCGCCCGUGAGGUCCUCCGCCUCCGCGGUACCAUCCACAACCGCGAGGUCCCCUGGGACGUCAUGCCCGAUCUGUACUUCUACCGCGACCCUGAGGCCGAGGCUGAGGAGAAGGUCGAGGAGGAGAAGGUCCCCGGCGCUGACGAGGAGGGCCCCGCCACCAUCGAGACCGGUGUCCCGCAGACCGGUGCCGACUGGGAGGCUCCUGCUGCCGGCUUCUCCGGUGCCCCCGCCGUCGCCGGUGGUAACUGGGACGGUGCCGGUGAGGACUGGGCCGCUUCUGGUGCCCAGCCCACCGAGUGGGCCGAGCCCGCUAAGGAGUCUCAGUGGUAG